AUGGAUUUUCUGUCGAGCAUUUCGAAGGUUGGUAGUGCGGAGUCGGUAGCCAAGGAUUUCGCCGUUGCCUUCCUGCGAGCCGUGACCUCUGACCCGCAUAACUGGAUUGCCAAGGUAUCCCACCAGUUUGUGGGCCAGUGCUUCGGAGUCCUUGGCCUGAACUUCAACGUGAGCGUCCAGGCCUUUAGCCAAACACAGGAUCAUCCGUAUCGCGAUGAUAAUGCCAACUAUAUCUUCCUACGGGCGCCACUCGUGAUGCAGGAACUCGAUAGAUUUCUGGGUCGUUUGCCCUCAAUAUUGGCCGAAAUUGCCGAUCAUUUGGCCUCCAAGAGAGGAACCGAGAUUGACGAACUGAGGCACCCAUUAUCCUGCUACCUGCGCCUCGUCCUGAGGUGGAUCCAUGUGGUGAGCGCCAUGUGCGCCAACAUGCAGCUCAGCAACAGCGCCGCCAUCGAUCGAUACCUGUGCGAUCCGUUGGCCAGAAUGUCUUUCAGCAUUCUGUGCGGACUGACCAAUUUACUGCCGAAAUAUGAAGACUUUCUGGGACUCAAGAAGAUUUGCUUAUUACUCGCCGAAGACGUUCGCUAUGGCAUAUUCUACCGUGAUACCUGUAGAGAGGUGGUUCCACCUAUGCUGGAGAUCUUCCGAAAGCACUACAAAACUUUCUGCGGCGCCGAAAAAACUGGCUUGGACUUCAUUUACUGUGUCCUCACUGUUGUGAUGAUCGAGGACGAUAUGUAUAUAGCUGCAUACGGCUUUUUGGAGAGCAUGAUUAAACAGUUCGCCGAGAGCACCGUUGAAAAUUCGAACCAUUAUCUGCGCGCCCUUACUAAUGAGCUGAUCGAUGCCAAAUAUGUGGUGCUGCAAUUUGGAGUCUUCAAGGAAAGCAAUUCCAAAGCCUUGCUUUUGGCCACCCUGAAGUAUUUGAUGACUCUUCAAAGCAAUAUAGCCAGCGCAGAGUGCUUUUCCAAACGUUUCCACGAAGUCCUGCUUCAACUUGUCCUGCGAAUGCAAGUGUCUGCAGUAGCGGUUGCCUCACUGGCAGCCGAGCUAUUCAUUAAACUAUCUCAGCGCCAGCACCAAGACCGGGACAUAGCACAGCAUAUCCUGGAGACCUACAUUAAGAUGCCCGAUAGUCAUCGAAAAAGACAAAAUUAUGCGCAAUUCCGAACUGAACUUACGCUUUAUCUGAAGGCCCUCAUACAACAUUUUCCCCCGCUGGGGGAGUUCGAGUUUUACGCUUUUGUGCUCAACGCCCGAAAUGUUCGGCUUGAAUUGAGUCUUAUUGCUGCCCAAUCGGCGAGCAUAGUCUUCGAAAUGCAUAUGGCGGAGUACUCCGCGGUGCCGGAGGCUCGUGACCAGGUCAACGAAUUCCUGCGCUGUUGGCCUUAUCUCCUGCAAUCGCCGUCAAACCAAAAUGGCACUCGACCUGUGCUCUACAGUAUUUAUAGUAUGAUCAAUUUUGAGACCGUUGCUGUGCUAGAUGCUGAGUUGCUAGUGAACUUGGAGGCUUGCUGUCUGGAUAAUUUUUUAAAUGACGAGACCCUCACUGAGUCGGAGAUGUAUAACCUCUACACAAUUAUCUCGCGCUCUGUGGAUGCAACAGGAAACAUUCAGAUACACUUUACCGCAUCCAGGGCUCUACGUGAUGAGCAGGCUGAGCUGCAGAACCGUUUGAGCAGCAACUCUGAGGGUCCCGAAAGCCAGGAGCUAUUGAACGCCUAUGCCAAAAGUAUUCGUCGCCUAUAUGGCCUCCUAAUGGCCAAUAAGCUACACGUACGUCAUGUUUCGGGCUUUUACGAGACCCUUGUCAAAUUUGUGUUGGAAACGCCUACACAAAAUGAAAAUAUAACUCUAUAUGGCUGCGAAAGCUUGGCUGCCAUGCUAGUCCUGCUGCACCAUAAUCUCAAGGAUUUAGACGACGCGAUGGGCCUCAGGAUAUCACUUUUGGUACAGCAGCUACAAGACUUUUGCGUUUCUGAAUUGUCAAACGCCAAUUUGGACUUGAAGCGAGCCAAGUUUAUGGUCUGUUCUAUUCUCAUAUUGCAUAUCAAUAAGCUGCCAUAUUCGAACCUGGACUCUGCUGCUUACGACAGGGUUCUCGAAAUAUUAAUCUCACCCCCACGGGAAUUGCAGUCUGAAAGCGUUAGGCUUUCGAGUAAUUACGUAUCCGAAAUGUAUUUCAUGUUCCGUGAACUAAUCAAGACGGACACGCAAAUCGUGUUACCCAGCAGUAAGAUAUUGAAGGUGUUAUCGCAAUACAAAAUGUCUGUAACUAAGAACAAUUUCCUGGACUUCGAGAUAGAGUUGCUCAUAAAUGGUCUUAUGGAGAGUCGUAUUGAAAGCUAUGUUAACUGCAUUCCGGAAAUUCAAUUGCAACUUUACGACGAUCCCGAUGUCAGGAAGAAGGCUUCAAGGGCUUUAACUGCACACCUUAAGCUCAUUGAUAACAACUGCACUGCUUUGGACUCCUGGCUGCUGCGUUUUAUAAUAUUUCAAGACUCGCUUGAUCUUAUGGUCAAGAAUAUGCGUACAUGGCGCAUGGAGGUCACCAGUUCAUUUCAACGGAAUCGUUUCCAGCCGCUGCAGCAUCUUUUGACUCUAGUGUCCAAUUUGCGACUUCAGGAAACGCACUUUAUGAGCAUUGCUAAAAUUGUGUGUAUUAUGAAGAAAGAGGCAGUUGGUCCCCAGGAGAUUUCAGAGGUCGAGAGCUUCAUUACUCGGAUCAGUACAUUUAAAUAUCAGGCCGAAGAUGAAGAAUUGGAAGCUACAAAUGACGAGAAUUUCGAGGGGAAACUGAAAGUAUUGCCGUCUGGUCCAUUCAAUUUAUGGCAGUACAAUACUCUUACAGUUUCAAGGGAUCCAUCUAUUUAACCGUUUAAUAUCAAAACAAUUAAAAAACAUGAAAAUUUUAUUAUUACUUAUCUGAACUUCAAAUAUUAUUAUUUUAA